AAUGGUAGCAGAAUUUCACAAAAAAAUCAAAGAGGCAUUUGAAGUGUUUGACCAUGAGUUGAAUAACACGGUGGAUGUGAGAGAGAUCGGGACGAUUAUCAGAUCCUUGGGGUGCUGCCCCUCUGAAGGGGAGCUGCAAGACCUCAUUGCCGAGGUGGAGGAGGAAGAGCCCACCGGAUACAUUCGCUUCGAGAAGUUUCUUCCCGUGAUGACCAAAGUACUUCUGGAGAGAAGAUACAGACCUGUCCCCGAGGACGUCCUCCUUCGAGCUUUUGAGGCUUUAGAUACAGCUAAACGCGGAUUUCUUACUAGGGAAGAGCUGAUCAAGCAUAUGACUGAAGAAGGUGAGCCCUUUUCUCAAGAGGAAAUGGAGGAAAUGCUGUCGGCUGCAAUUGAUCCGGACUCCAAUUCCAUGAACUACAAGGACUACAUAACAAUGAUGGUGAUAGAUGAAUAGUAAAUCUUCUGAAGAUUUCAACAGCUGGGCAAAGGGACCGUUGGUCUUUGCUUAUCUUACAUUUUAUAUCAUAUAUAAAAUGCUUGGUGAUGUAAUUGUUCCAAGAUUUUUUUGUUUUUAAAUAUGAUUAGA